AUGUCUUCAUCACUUUUUGAUCAACAUUGUCAAUUAAUUGCUGAUUUUAUUAAAUAUCAUCGAGAGCAAAAUACUUCACCUAUUUUUCAUACAUUAAAAAAUCGAUUUUAUGCGGCAUUUAUUAUUAAAAAAAGUCUAAAUGAUAUGGGAAAAGUAGUAGCAUUUGGUGUUGGUAGUCGAUGUACAUCACAGGAUAAUAUUGAAGAAGAUGGUUGUGCUCUACUUGAUUGUCAUGCAUUAGCACUAGCAAGACGAGCAUUAUUACAGUAUCAACAAAUCACUGAUAUGUCUAUGGUGAAUAAAUAUUUUCGUCGAUGUCUUGCUCAAGUUGUUAUUGAAAAGAAAACAUUUAAACGAGAUAAACCACAUAUUAAUAUUGGAACAAUUGGUCAUGUUGAUCAUGGAAAAACAACUCUUACAGCUGCUAUUACACGCAUUUUGAGUGAAAAAAAAUUGGCUAAAAUAAAAAAAUAUGAAGAUAUUGAUAAUGCACCGGAAGAAAAAAAACGUGGUAUUACAAUAAAUGCUGCACAUAUUGAAUAUUCAACACCAAAUCGACAUUAUGGUCACGUUGAUUGUCCUGGUCAUGCUGAUUAUAUUAAAAAUAUGAUUACAGGUUCAUCACAAAUGGAUGGUGCUAUUCUUGUUGUUGCUGCAACAGAUGGUGUCAUGCCACAAACACGUGAACAUCUACUUCUUGCUAAACAAAUUGGCAUUGAAAAAAUUGUUGUUUUUAUGAAUAAAGCUGAUGCAGCUGAUAAAGAAAUGAUUGAAUUAGUUGAACUUGAAUUACGUGAAUUAUUAACACAAAUUGGUUUUGAUGGUGAAAAUACACCAAUUAUUCCAGGUUCAGCUUUAUGUGCACUUGAAGAUCGAGAUCCAAAAUUAGGUAAAGAAACAGUAUUAAAAUUACUUGAAGCUGUUGAUACAUACAUUCCUGUACCACCAAGAGCUGCUGAUCAACCAUUUUUAUUACCUGUUGAACAUGUUUAUUCAAUACCAAACAAAGGAACAAUUGUUACUGGACGUGUUGAACGUGGUACUGCAAAAAAAGGUGAUUCAAUUGAAGUUGUUGGACAUAAUAAACUUAGUAAAGGCAUUAUUGGAGGUAAACACUUAAAAAGAAAUAUUUAUUUACAAAAUAAAAACAACAUAAUAAUAUUUUGUAUUGAAGGUCUUGAAAUGUUUCAUCAAACGAUUGAUCAAGCUCAACCAGGUGAUCAAUUAGGUAUUUUAUUAAAAAAUGUUCAAAAAGAAGAUGUACGACGAGGUGUAUUUAUUGGUAAACCUGGUUCAUUAAAAAUGUAUAAUAAAUUUGAUUGUCAAACUUAUUUCCUAUCAAAAGAAGAAGGUGGUCGAGAAGAACCAAUUCCAAAAGAAUUUGUAUUGACAAUGUAUUGUCGAACAUUUGAUAUUGGUGUUAAAGGUGUUGUACCUGAAGGUCGAGAAAUGAUUAUGCCUGGUGAAGACAUAACAAUGACAUUAUAUUCAAGCAAACGAAUGGUUUUGGAAAAAAGUGUUCGUUUUACAUUACGUGAUGCUGAAAAUAAAACAGUUGGCACUGGUGUUGUAACAAAUCUACAUCCUGAUCCACAACCAGAAGAAUUGAAAAAAUUCUGGAAACGUGCUGCUUAG